UUCUGUAGGGUCCACGCUGGCCCCUGCCUCUCAGAGCAAGAUGUACUGCUUGCUGCUUUCUUCCAGAUGAGCACCUCUCUAAUAGCACCGAAUCCAUGCUCCCAGGGCCAGUGGUUUCCUCGGGGAAGGGGCUUUGCCCUGGGAAAGCUACCGCGGUCUGACGCUGGUGCUGACCUUCCUCUGCUACACCAGCUACCACCUCUCCCGAAAACCCAUCAGCAUCGUCAAGAGCCAGCUGCACCUCAACUGCUCAGCGCUGGGCACCAACCCACACAACGGCUCCAACAGCACCACGUGGUGCAGCUGGGCACCCUUCGGUAAGGCUGGUAUCCCAGAACUCCGCAAGCACCCACAUCUCAUCUCUGUCCCUGAAGGUGGUUUCAGUCAUUAAUGGGUUAAGCUGGGCAGGCAGGGGACCAGCACUCAUUAGGCUGGAGGUGAUUAAGUGGCACAGGAUUGUGCCCUGUGCCCUGGACCAAAGGACAGCGGAUGUUGAAAUCAAGACAGGGUGAGAUUGUUCCCAGCUCCCAGUCCUACAGCCCGACCCUGGGAGGAUCUGUGGCGUGGGGGUGGGGGUGGGGAUGGGGAUGCAGCCACAGCCCUAACACUCUCUCUUCUCUAGAUCAGGACAACUACAAGGAGCUUUUUGGCGCUCUGGACAAUGCCUUCCUUGUGGCAUACGCCAUUGGGAUGUUCAUCAGUGGCAUUUUCGGGGAGCGGCUGCCGCUGCGGUACUACCUGUCAGGGGGCAUGUUGCUGAGCGGGAUCUUCACAGCGCUCUUUGGCUUUGGCUACUUCUGGAAUAUCCACGUCCUAUGGUACUACAUCAUUGUGCAGGUGUGCAAUGGGCUGGCACAGACGACCGGCUGGCCCUCAGUCGUGGCAUGCGUCGGGAACUGGUUUGGGAAGGGAAAGAGGGGUCUGAUCAUGGGCAUCUGGAACUCGCACACCUCUGUGGGCAAUAUCCUGGGCUCGCUCAUCGCAGGCGCCUGGGUGUCCUCUGAGUGGGGCUUGUCCUUCCUCGUGCCUGGCAUAAUCAUCGCCGCCGUGGGCAUCGUCUGCUUCUUCUUCCUCGUGGAGCAUCCCGAAGACGUCGGCUGCAGCCCACCCCUGCAACAUGAUGCAUCAGAUGAGAAGGACCCUGAAGGGAUGACCUCCGAGGACCGCAGCAGCACCAACCCCAAAGAGCUGGGUGAGGAGCUCGAAGCCAUCAGCUUCCUUGGGGCACUCCGGAUCCCCGGUGUGGUGGAGUUCUCCCUUUGCCUACUCUUUGCCAAGCUGGUGAGCUACACCUUCCUCUACUGGCUGCCCCUCUACAUCGUGAAUGUUGCUCAUUUUGGUGCCAAGGAAGCUGGAGACCUGUCCACCCUCUUUGACGUUGGCGGUAUUUUAGGGGGGAUCUUUGCCGGUCUGAUCUCUGACUACACUGGUGGCCGGGCCACCACGUGCUGCGUGAUGCUGGUGGUGGCCGCUCCCAUGCUGUUCCUGUACAACCACAUUGGGCAGAAUGGCAUUGGCACCUCCAUAGCAAUGCUGAUCGUCUGUGGUGCGCUGGUGAAUGGCCCCUACGCACUCAUCACCACGGCAGUGUCAGCGGAUUUGGGAACCCAUGAGUCCCUCAAAGGAAACGCAAGAGCCCUCUCCACUGUCACAGCCAUCAUCGACGGCACGGGAUCUGUGGGUGCUGCUCUGGGGCCUCUGCUGGCAGGGCUUAUCUCCCCCACAGGCUGGAAUAACGUAUUCUACAUGCUGAUAGCAGCCGACGUCUUGGCUUGCCUGCUCCUUGCUCGCGUGGUGGUCAAAGAGGUGCGCGCAUGGUAUGGCUGCAUGGCGAGGAAGAGAGGCUCACAGUUUUUCCAGGAUGAACUGAAGUCGCGUCCUGCUGCAGCUGGGCUUGGAAAAUGUGAGCAGCCCUGGCUGCGGCGCUGGGAGCACAGGAGCCAAACGCCGGGAAUCGCACAUCUCGCUGGGAUUUCACAGACCAAGGGGUGGGCAAGGAGCCGGUGGCAUCCCUGGGUCCAUCACAGCACCCGUGCAUGAAACAAGCUUGUGCACCUGCUUGGGAAAAUCAGGAUUUUAGGGCACACACGGCUGUGCUUCGGGCACGCAUGAGGGGCGGCACCGAACUCCUCUCUAGCAGCCGUCCCUGGGUGUUUUUCCAUCUGUGACCCUGCAGUGCUGUUCUGCUGAGCCGUGCCAGGAAGGGCCACGCUGGCUUUGGAGCAAUGCCGGCUCUGCAGAGGUGAGGAGGUGGUUCAGGCAUGGGCCAUAAUUGCCCGCGCAAGGAGCAGCCAGCGGGCGCUGAAGGGCUUUUUAAUUAGCAGCCAAAGGCAAAGCGGGACUCAACAGCGGGAAGCUGAAGUCAGCAAAGUCAAGGUGGAAAUCAGAGGCCAGUUCUGUGCCAGCGAGAGUAAUUAAACGCCAGCAGAGCGCGGCGCGAGGCGUGAGGAAUUGCCGUCACUCACGGACCUUAAAUCAGGACCAGGAGAUUCUCCUGCGCUGGGCAUCAGUAUCCCAGCGGUGGAGCAGCUCCACUCCUUCCUAAUGAGCCAGGCAGAGAUUAGUGCAGGGAGGGAGGCGUCCCAGCAGCCUGUGAGCAGCUUUCAGCCUGCUGCUGCCGGUGCGAGCAGUCCUGGCAUGGGCGUUCUCUUGCUGGGGUUUAGCAUCAUCCUCCUGGAUGAGGCUGGGUCACUGGGACGCGGAUCAUCUGCAGGAGGAGAGCUGGCAGCACGAAAAUGUCAGGUUCCUUGGUGAUGACGUCUCCCUGACUCCCAGCAUCUGGCCAGCAAUGGAGGAUCGUAGAGUCACAGAAUUGUAAGUGAUGGAAAAGACCACUAAGAUCACCGUUUUUGUUUGGGUGCGGGUCAGCAGACAAGCUUGGAAAGCAGCUCCGGCUCAUAGUGAUUCCUUGACACGCUCCUUCCUUCCCCAAAACUAAACAGGAACUGUCUGGAAAGCCCCUGUGUGGGGGGAGCAGAGCUGCUGUACUGCACUCAGAAUGAAUAACGCUGCGGAGUGCCCAUGGCCAUCUGAGCCCCCCACAGGCGGCACAGGACAAGGAUGGGGUCCAUCUUUCUGGUCCCCCCGAGCACCCCCCAGGAGGAGCCUAAUGACCAAUUUUAGUUACAAACAGGUGACUAAGGGGAGCGGAAAGCAAACACUCUGGGUUUAUUUCCAUGGAGAAGCCUCACACUUCUGCUUUUAGGUUUUUUUUUAGUGCUCCAGCUGCUUUGCUACAGCUUCCCUAUUCGUGGGACAUGACGCCAGCAGCGAGCCUUUGGGAACUGCUUACUGCGGUCACCGUUAUUAAGAUGAAGAAUCAAAUACAAAUUUUGUUUCAGGCUUAACUUCAGAAUCUCCCAGAAAGCCAACACUCAUGUUGCAUAACUGGGAGCAGAGCACAGGGACCAUCCCAAACCACCCCACCUGGAAAAGGGGAACCUCCCAAAGAGCACGGAAAGGGCAGCUUUCAGUAACACCAAAAUGCUGCAAAACUGCCAUUCCUGGAAAACAGAUAAAGACUAGGCCAGGGGUUCCUCCAAAAGUUUUAUUAAUGUUAAAAAAUAAUUUUAAAAAGGCAACUUGUGAAUAUUGAUUCAGUAAAAAUCAGUGCCCCAA